AUGGACAGAUUGAACCAGUUGGCUGGCCAGUUGAGCCCUUCCUCCAAGCAGGCCGUUCUCGAGAAGAACCCAGAUGACGUUGUCAUUGUCGGCGCCUACAGAACCGCCAUGACCAAGGGUGGUAGAGGUUCCUUCAGAGAUGUUGGUUCCGACUACAUUUUGACCAAGUUUUUGGAGGCUUUCCUCAAGAAGACCGGUGUCGACCCUAACUUGAUUGAGGACGUUGCCUGUGGUAACGUUUUGAACAGAGCCGCCGGUGCUUCUGAGCACAGAGGUGCCUGUCUUGCUGCCGGUAUCCCUAACACCGCUGCCUUCAUUGCCUUGAACAGACAGUGUUCUUCCGGUUUGAUGGCCAUUUCCGAGAUUGCCAACAAGAUCAAGUGUGGUGAGAUCGAUGUCGGUAUCGCUGCCGGUGUUGAGUCCAUGACCAAGGGUUACGGUGCUGAGGCCAUUCCAAAGGUUGACCCAGCUUUGGCUGAGAACGCCGAGAUGGCCAAGUGUUUGAUCCCUAUGGGUAUCACCAACGAGAACGUUGCUGACAAGUACAAGAUUCCAAGAGAGAAGCAGGAUGCUUUCGCUGCCGAGUCUUACAGAAAGGCUGAGCAGGCCGUUUCCUCCGGUGCUUUCAAGUCCGAGAUCUUGCCAAUUGAGGCCAUCCUCAGAGAUGACGAUGACGAUGAUGAGGACGAGAACGCCGAGCCAGCCGAGAAGAAGAUCACCGUUGACACUGACGAGGGUCCAAGAAAGGGUGUUACCGCCCAGUCCUUGGCCAAGUUGAAGCCAGCCUUCAAGUCCGACGGUACUACUCACGCUGGUAACGCCUCGCAGGUUUCCGAUGGUGCUGCCGCCGUGUUGUUGAUGAGAAGAUCUGUUGCCGAGGCCAAGGGCUACCCAAUCGAGGGUAAGUUCGUCCUCUGCUCCGCUGUCGGUGUCCCACCAGAGAUCAUGGGUAUCGGUCCAGCCGUUGCCAUCCCAACUGUGUUGAAGAAGGCCGGUUUGACCGUCUCCGAUGUUGACAUUUUCGAGAUCAACGAGGCUUUCGCUGCUCAGUGCUUGUACUCUGCUGAGACCUGUAACGUUCCAGCUGACAAGUUGAACAUCAACGGUGGUGCCAUUGCCUUGGGUCACCCAUUGGGCUGUACUGGUGCCAGACAGUACGCCACCAUCUUGCCUUUGUUGAAGAAGGGCCAGAUUGGUUUGACCUCCAUGUGUAUCGGUACCGGUAUGGGUGCUGCCUCCAUUCUUGUCAGAGAGUAA